GCAAGCUGCGAAGUCAAGAAUGAUAGAAUACAUUAUCUAUGUAGAAUACACCGUGCAGCAAAGUAAUAUAAUUAAAAUAUAAGUUUUAAAUUUAUCAAUAUUGCGGUCUAUAUGUUGGCUAGGCUCUACAUAUCUAAAAUAAAGAGUAAUUUUUGAAGGCUAUUAUUAAUGGACGAGCCAUCCAAAACUAGUCAUUCCGUUUAAGAAUUUGUUUACAUUUGUCUCGCACACAAAAACAACAGGUGCAGUUUUUAUAAAAUGUUGCCUCGCGGUAAAUUCAUUGGAAAAAACCCUGUGGAUUUUCGAAAUGCCCGCGCUCGACAACCAGAAAUAGUGCGAUCUGUACAAAAGGAUGCCAAAUACACAGAUGACCUUGCAGAGGAUUUUUCGGAUUUACUUCGCUUAACCGGCUCGCGUAGCUGGAUAAAAUAUAACCACUUGUGCAAGCUGUUUGCUGAAAUCGCAUAUCACGGAUUUGCGUCGAUUAAUAAUUUGCAAACGCUUGGGGAGGAAUACACGGGUACUAUUCAAGUGGAUAGCGCUUAUAUGCAUAUUCCAUCACGUUUGUUACAACUAGUUGCCAUUAUCCUUGAAUUCGGUGGAGAUGCUUUGUAUCUGCGAAUUUUACAGAAACUUGAAAAGCAUAUUGAGGAUAAUGAGGAAAUCGUGACAGAGGCAAAGCAGAAGCUGCUAACAGCAGUUCGAGUAAUGCGUUAUUCCCCGCAGUACAUCAAAGCAUUACAUAAAUCGCUUUUUUACCUUCAGUCCAAUAAGUAUCAAAUUUCCAAGCGCCUUACGGGCAUUAAUUAUGUGCUGAUACGUCAUUGGCUACAACCAGAAUUUUCGCUAUACGGCUAUAAAAUACUUGGAAUUAUAACAUUUUUACAAGUAACAGUAUCACUAGUUAUAAGCACAUAUGAAGCAUGGAAAGUGCAUAGAAGAAAGCGGUUAGAAAUGAUAAGUGACAAAACAAGACGUUUGCUCAGCAUAGAAGAAGAAGUGCCGGAGCGUAAAAAAUCUGAAGCACCACAGUGCAUCCUUUGUCUGGAGCCACGCAUUAAUACGAGUCUCACGCCGUGUGGUCAUUUGUUCUGUUGGAAUUGUUUACUGGAUUGGCUGGACGAACGUGAUGAAUGUCCGCUAUGUAGAGAGAAGUUAAAAAAGUCUAACGUAAUCCAGUUACAAAAUUACUUGUAGUUUAUUGGAAUGUUGUUUCGAGUUAAAGGGGUUCAUAGGAUUGUGGGUAUAAAUAAAUACAAGUAUUUAUCCUAAAGUUUUGACUAAUAUAUUAUAUAUAGAUAUAUUUUAAUAAUGAAAUGGCAAAUUCAGAUACAUACCGUGAACCAAAAAAGAAUAAAAAAAAUUGUUAACCAA